AGUUGCAUUGAAAUUAAAAAUUCAUAGACUGGUUGGGAGAGAAGUUAAAAUGCAAAUUAAUUAAAUGUUGCAAUAAAAUAUAUAUAAUAACAUCUAUGUUGUAAAAGUGUAUUGCAAAAUAACAGUGAUUCAUAACAUUGGAUUGGCAGUGUAAGUGGUGCAAUAUUUCUAAGGGCAAAAAGUUAUGGAAUCAACAGCAAAAGAGGAACAAGUCGUAAUAAAUUAUUGGUCACCAGAUUAUGGGAACUUACCUGUAGAGAUCAUAGAGCAUAUAUUCGGUUAUCUUCACCAUUCAGAUCGUCAAGCUGCUGGAGCUACUUGCAGUAAUUGGCGCGAUGCCUUGUUUAUCGGAGAAUUUAAGCGCAGCAAUCAAGUGCAUUUUGCCAAGGUGUGCCUUUCAGAUCGCUUACCACCAGCGAAAUAUUUGCUUAAAUGCCAGAGACUAUAUCGCAACUACUAUUUGGACGAAGUAACAUUUGGUCAAAUUCAAGAGUUAACGGCUUUUAUUGGCCAAUCAGCGGUUGAAAUAACGUUUGAUAAUGUCGAAAUCGGUGAUAAACAAUUUUACGCCUUUAUGCGGCUAUUAACAAAUUUAGAAUCUUUAACUAUCACACGCUGCUCAUCGCUAUUUAUGUCCGGUGCUUUUUUGGAUGGUGUUGAUGAUUUGGGAAAUUCGAUUGCAUCAAUACGACGUUUGUCAUUGCAACAAAAUCAAUAUUUAUCGGAUGCCAUAUUUUUACGCCUUACGUCGUUGAUCAAAUCUUUAGAAUCAUUGAAUAUGUCCGGAUGUCAUAUAGCGUAUCAUAAUGCUAUACAGCGACGCUUUUAUCCCAACGAAAAUACCCAUGCCAACGAGUCGAUAUUAACCUUUAAAUUUAUCACAAAAAUUAUAUUAAAUCAUCGAAAGCAUUUUAGAGAAUUAGACCUGAGUCAUACUAUGAUUAGUGGGCCGGCUUUAGAAUCUUUAGGAUCUCGCGAAAAUAUUGAAGGAGUAAAAUUGCAUAGAUUAAAGUUAACCUCAUGUCGCCAAUUAAAUACCGCAAGUAUGAUGGCAUUUAUUCAAACACAGCCAUCUUUAGUAGUUUUGGACUUGGCCGACACAUUAUGCAUGAAUAAUGACUGCUUAGCGGCUGUAGUGGAGAAUAUACCAAAGCUGACUAGUUUAAAUAUAGCUGGAUGCACGGCGCUUAACAACGAAGGAGCUGCACUUUUGGGGAAUUUAAAAUGUUUAAAAUAUUUGAAUAUAUCUCGUUGUGACGGCAUAACCACAGAAGGCCUUAAACAGGGCAUAGCACGGGCUCUAAAUACCCAUUUACGCUGUUUACAAAUGUCUCAUCUUAAAAUAUGCGAAGAGGGUAUAAAAUGCAUAGCUUUUAAUUGCCCAGAACUACGUGUUUUGAAUGUGGGUCACUGUGUGAAUGGCGUUACCGAUGCUUCCGUCCAGUAUAUUGUGCAACAUCUCAACUGGCUACGCGAUCUUUCGCUAGAAAAUUGCUUUUGGGUUAGUGAUGCAGCAUUAACUGGAAUCAAUCUUGCGAAGCUAGACUUAAAAGCUUCUCAUACAAGAUCUCUCGACAAUUUCAAUCCAUUAAUAACGAAUUCAUUACACGAACGUGACACCUUAAAUACAUCCUUACAAUCGAUGAAGAUUUCACUACGCAGCAAAGCUGAAGAAGAUAUAGUACGAGAUGCAAAUCGUAAACGUGCUUUGUUUGCAGCUUACGAGCUGAAUUCAGUUAACAAUGUUGACGGUUUUUGCAUACAGCAACUUAAAGGAUUAUGUUCGCUUAACAUAAAGGGAUGCAAUAAAAUUACAGACGUUACCCUCAUUUAUGGACUUAAAUGCAAUGAACUGAAACGUUUAUUUUUAUCUAGCUGCCAACAGAUCACAUCAGUAGGAAUGGAAUCGUUAGUUGUGAAUUGUCCAGCGAUAGAAGAGUUAGACUUAUCCGAGUGCUAUAAUAUUAAUGAUAAAACCAUUCAACUAAUCACUGCCAAAUUGAGCCGUCUACGUGCUUUACACAUAAGCGGAUGUUCUCAGCUAACAGAUCACAGUCUUGAUGCGAUAUUAGUUAAUUGUAAAUCUUUAAAUACACUUUCUGUACACCGAUGUCGUCGUAUUUACGCCGAUAUCGAGGAUCGUUUGAGCGAGCUGUCCACUUUACGCAAUUUAAACAUGGACAACGCUAAUAGCAUGGAGAAUCCUGAGCUGUUCCGUUUAAAAAGACGCCUUGAUUACUGAUAUUUCGCCGCAAUUUUUGUUGUUUUUAUUCUCUACUAUUUUCAAUUGUACAAUUUUCGCUAAUUGGCCAGAAACCAAAAAAAAAAAAAAAAAA